UCCUGUGGGCGUCCGCCUCCUCCUUCUGCCCCUUCUCCUGUGCUGCGUGAAGGGCGCCCUGCCGUUCCCCCACGGCGUCGCCUCGCGGAUGGACGCCGCCCUGCCGCUUCUCUACCGCCUGGCACUGCCCAGGGACCUCGUGGCUGAGGAGGCUCUUCCUGCCAGAGAUCCCGUCCCUGAGCUGAGAAACGACGACCUGCUGCGUCUCCAGGCGUUGCUGCGCCAGCUGCCCAGCCUCUACCCGGUCGCGGCGGCCGCCGCCCCCUCCUCCUCCGCCGAGUUCCUCGGGUUGCCCUCCAAACGCCAGGGCAUGAGCGGAAAGACGAACCUUGGAUCUAGGAGGAUGUGCCAGCUGGACGCACGAAACUGCCCCAAGGUAAUGAUGCGACAAUUUCGUUCACAAUACCAGUGAAGACAGCCUGGAAUGGGGGUUUCCACAUAUCUCCAGAAACGUCCAAAGAGAGAAAUUACGUAUUAAUUACUGAUAAAGUGCAUCAUGUGGACCUACAGUGUGGUGGUGGAUUCAUAUGUUAAUGAUAUAUAUAUAUAGAUACAUUUUGAAUAAUAAAUGAGUUAAGAUU